AUGUCGAGUAGAGAUUUCGAAAAUCAAAGCUCGAAACGAAAAUACGAAGAAAAUAAAGAUUUCGAAAACCAAAGUUUGAACCAAGGUUUGAAACGAAAACAUGAGGCAAAUCUCGACUCUAACAAAUCGAUAAAGGUCACAAAAACUUCAACUCCUAAUAGCAGAAUUGUUGCGGAUCACUAUAACAAAAAACCUGAUGUUGGCGUUGAGAAACGAAACGAAUCUACAAUAUUGUUUCUAAAAAAUUUUAAUAAUUGGAUUAAAAGUGUUAUAAUUGGAAAGCAUGUUGAACCAAAUUCCGAUAUUCUCGAUAUGGGCUGUGGAAAAGGUGGUGAUCUUCUUAAAUGGAAGGCCGCAAAGAUUUCUACACUUGUGGGUCUUGACCUUUCUGAUGUAUCAAUUGAGGAUGCCAAAAAGCGUUGGGAGAAUAUUAGAGGUGGUAAACAUCCUGCUGGAUUCCAUGCCGAAUUCCAUGUUUUAGAUUGUUUUUCUAAUCCGAUCACCUCAAUUGCGUCUAUAAAAAAUAAACUGUUUGAUGUCGUCAGCAUGCAAUUUUGUCUCCAUUACUCAUUUGAAACAGAAAACAAAGCACGCAUGGCUUUAAAGAAUGCUUCUUCUAAUCUAAAAGAAGGUGGAUUGUUUAUUGGCACUGUAACUGAUGCCAAUUGGAUCGUCAAAAAACUAAAAACUUUAGACCCAAAGGCGUUGGAAUUUGGUAAUUCGAUAUAUUCUAUAGUAUUCGAACAAAAACAUGAAUUUCCGACCUUUGGUCACAAAUAUAGGUUUAACCUCGAGGAUGCCAUAAAUGACUGUCCUGAAUAUUUGGUCCACUUUCCAACCUUUGAAAAGAUGGCAAGGGAGUAUGGCUUAGAGUUAAUAUACAAAAAGAGGUUUCACGAUAUAUAUAAUGAAUCAAAAGAGGAUCUGCAAUAUCGCGAACUAUUGUACAAAAUGUCUGUAAUUAAACGCAAAGAGCCUAUUGAGAUGAGCGAUGCAGAAUGGGAAGCUGCAGGGAUAUAUAUAGGUUUUGCAUUCAAGAAAGUAAGAACAUAA